UCGUUUUGCCAGUUCUUAAAAAGAAGCUGAUUUGACUACCUAGUAGGAAACUAGCCUAUUCACCUAUUCUAUAGCUUAUUUUUUAAAUUAGGUCGAUUUGUAGUUUUUUUUUUUACUCGAAUCGAAACAAGAUCCCAGGCCAAAUAAUUAAAGUGUCGUGCAUUGAAAACUUGAAAAAAUAUGUAAAUAAGUAUAUAAUGCUGUUCAGAUUUAGAAGCUGCCCUUGCAUUAUAUGUAACCGGCGUUUCAACAUUCAUUGAACUGAACAACCCAAAUUGACCUGUGCGAUAUGACGAUAUCACAUCACAUGUCGUGUUGUCAAUUUAAUAAUGUAUUCCUGCACUUCCGUAAAUUACCUACGUACCUACUUAGUUGUCGGUGUAAAUAGGCAGAAAGGAUACGCAUUCACUGAAUGAUAAGAAUAUCUAUAUACUUAUUAGAAAUUAUUAGGCUAAUACCUCUGCAGUAUUGUGUAGAGAUUAAACGAACGAGACACAAAGCUCCACGUGAAUAUUUUAAAGAUACCUAAUCCUAUUGUCCGCAAUGCAUUAACUAAUGCAUUUCAAAAUAACCACGAGACAUGAUUAGUACUUAGUACCGAGUCCCUACGAUAACAAACUAAGGCGAAAUGUGACGCGGCGGACGAUAAACUGUGACCCCUCCCGGACGGGACGGGGACGACGCGACGAGUAGUAGACCGCUCGGGACGCGCACGCGAGGAUGUGGGCGCGCGCGCUGCUGCUCGUCGGCCUCUGCUGCUGCUGCUGCCGCGCCGACGCCGACGCCGACCUAAACCAAGAUGCGGACAUACAAGAUGAAAAUACAUCGGAAAUGCUUGCCGAAGGCGAAGAGAGGUUAAGCAAGAAGAUUAUACAAAUCCUAGAACAUUUCAAACAGCCGGACCCCAUCGGGAUCCCCGGCGCGGACAUCCCGGAGCCGUACCCCGUGCCCGACAUGAAGCAGACCAUCUCCUUCGGCACCACGCUCCACUUCACCAACACCGCCGUCUACGGAAUCAGCAAAUUCCGAAUACUCCACGUCGACGCUGAAAUUGGAGCUAUGGAGGUGCACGCGGCCAUGCUGAUAGACAAGCUGCAGGCGCGGGGCAAGUACACGAUGUCGACGUGGGUGAACAAGGCGCAGGGGCCCUUCACGGUGGACGUCAGCGGGCUGCGCCUCACCGCCAAGGCCAACCUCGGAGUCGAGCGCGACGGCAAGCUCAGGGCGCAGGACAUCCUCAUGGAUAUAUCUUUUAACACGAUAUCCAUGAAUUUCCAAAACUUGGGCUUGUUCGGAGCCAUGUUCCAAGGAAUAGUCAAUUCCGUUGGAAACUUUUUGUUCGACUCCAUUAAACCAUAUAUUCUUAAAGAAGCUUACACUAAAGCGAGGGCUGAAAUAAAUAAAAAAUUGGAUGAAGUCGCUGGAGAUAUGCAGUUCCCUAACUCAAUUUCACCGUUAGACAUGGUGAUAGCGGACGCCAGAAGAAAAGUACGCGAGAUGGAUAUGGACCCGUACAGAGUAAACGAUUACAACGCUACGGUUAGCAUAUUUUCUGUAUCUUUAUCCAACACCUGGGUGACCGGCGCGUCGUCGUUUCAUAGAGUCGGCAACAUUACUCUAAAAAUGCAGAACAAUACUGCUAUAGCAGAUUUUGAAAUAGGCACUCAAAAAUUAGAAGGUACGACGCAGUGGAAUAUAGCCGCCCUCGGCGGGCUGGUGUCCCGAGCGGGCACCGCGUCCUUCUCGGUGGAGUACGUGGUGGCGCGGGUGGCGGUGGCGCAGCCGCUCGACACGCGCCAGAAGCCGGAGUUCCGGAACGUGGACCUCGAGGUGGGCAACAUCCAGGUGCGCUGCAACGGGGCCGGCACUCUCGACUACCUUAUUGAAUUCCUUGUCAAUAUAUUGCCUAAUCUAUUGAGAUACCAGAUUAUGGAUGCCUUGGAAGGACCUAUAAAAGAAAAGAUUCAGGCGGAACUAAAUAAAAUAAACGUCGAAGAAACUAUUAAACAAGAGUUACCAGAAUUAGACAAAAUGCAGGCACAAGGCUUAAAGUUAUCUGCUAUUAGAGGCGCUCCCAUUGCUACCGAAUCAUACGAUGAAGACGAUUUUUUUAAUUUUUAAUGGAAAUACCAAAAAGCAAUGUAUGUAGAUGUAAGUGUACAAAGUAGAAAAAUUAGUAGUGUUAGUAAGUAGGUACUUAUAUUUUUAUUUAAAUUAUUCAAAAAUGCUUAGAAAUAAUAAAAUACUCCCAAAAAAAAUACGUUAUUUGCCUAAA